GUCAAAUGUCAAUUAAAAGUCGGUCGGUUGACGAGACGACUGAAAGUAAUGGAGCUCAACUUUCUUCUUUUGCUAAAAAUAUUAAUUUGUCGCAUGAUAAUGUAAUAAAAUUACACAAUAUCGUAUUUGGUGAUAGUCGCUACCCGUUUAUUGUUAUACAAUGGGCGACAGUAGUGAUUCAGAGGAGUUCUACGAUGCUGAGUUCACACCCAUCGAUAGUUCGGACCCCACAGUUAGCUGUAAGGACACAACAGACAGCACAGAGAAGACAAACCUUUCUCUACUGAAACCCAGCGAGCUCCCCCGAGCUAGCACAAGCUCCCAUCCCAUUCCGAAUACGUUGGACGCAGUAAAAAACGAAGCUAUUGAAGAUGACAGGACUACAGUUAAAAAUGUAGUGCAAGGUCGGCGGAGGUUCCAGGAGUUGCGGCGCUGCAUGCAGACCGAAGAGGAAGAUGAGGUGCCGGAUGCUGGGGGGUCCGUGGACCACCAGACUUUUGCUCUGGAACACCCCUUCAAAAUAAUAGCGCACGAUACAAUGAGCCUGCACAGCAUGACCUCGCUCGGCAGGAUCGGCCGGAUACUGAGCGGCGCGGCCGAGUCACAUCCGAAUCUCCGCGACGCCGCGCCGGCAGCGCCCUCUCGCGAGCCGUCGACGAUAUCCGACGACCCCGUGACCGCAGACAGAGCGCAAAAUGUGUUGGCGAUGGAGCCGGACGUGAUAGCCAGCACGAAGGCCAACAGCCUGAAGCAGUCGCGCGGCGGCAGCGCCGUGGUGGCCGUGUGCGGGCAGCCGUACGCUGCGCCCGCCGCGCCCGCCGCGCCCGUCAAGCCGCCGCGGAACAAGAAGAGAAACAAACUCCACGGUUCGCGGUCGCUGUCGACGGCGGACGCCGACGACAACCUGAGCGUUUGCACCACAGACACGGAUGAGUUCCGGUACAUGGCUCGGAGGGGAGAGAAACUCAACUCGCUUGUGCUGGAGAACACGUCAACGCCUCAUCAGACAAUGGCCUUACCGAGUCCGGCAAGCACUAUAGAGUCCUUGACCAGAGAGUUCCAGGAUUCCCUAGAGUUGUCCAACGUUAAAUACGACAGCGAGCGCUCGUUCGCGGGCUCGCCGCCCCGCGAGAGUUCGCUGUCGCGCGGCAACUUGCUCGCCGCGCCGCCGCACCACGCCGCCAGCUCCGCGCUACACUUGGCUCACCACAUGCAAGACGUCAAUGAUGCUGUCAGAGCGAGUGAGGAGCGCCGCGGGCCCGCGCGCACGCACAGCGAGGGCCGCGCCUCGCACUCCUCGCUCGGGAACGCGAACAGCAGACGCGGUACAUGUGACGGGAACGUGAGCGGGUCCCGUCGCAGGUCCGCGGGCGACGAACAGCAAUUGGGGCUGGCGCUCAGAACCCGGACCACUUCCGGACACCAGCUCACGGACAUCGAGAUACUGGAGCAGGUCACCGUCCUCAAUUUGGACACAGGUGAACGCGUCCCCCUAAGUGUGGCCGAACACAAACUGCCACAGUGCAUCAACCCGCUCAGCCUUCACAUCAUGAGGCUAACAUCGGAGUACAUCGGCCGCGCCCACGAUGACGAUAAUGCUAGAACCAAAGUGAAAACCACGCGUAUGUACACAGUCCGCAAUACGUGGCGAAACCGUCUGUCUAUCAGUCUGUACGACUCGACCUUCAACAUAUUGAGAAAGACUUCGUUACAUCGAACCAAAUCCGACUUCAGUAUACGCACUAGAGAGACAGACGAAGAGAGUGAAAGCGUGUGUGCGGGCGGAGCGGAGGACGAUGUCAAAGAUGCUAAAAGGGAGUCAGCUGAUCGCCAGACCACGAUUCGGAGGAAGACUGAGAACUUUACUUUAUGGUAUAGUGUUCCGAUACCAACAAGCGAUCUAGUGAAAAGUCAUUCGCAAGACAACAUCAACAAGAAGAUGAAACAUGAAAUGAACGCCAGGUUAAAGCGCUUCUUCGGCAGUACUGUAAAGCGCACAGUGGACGCGGCUAAAUCCCUCGCGGCCGAGGUCUCGUCCGCCCGCCACAAGGAGGACGUGUCCGACAUCGCUGAUGACGUCAGAGGUGAACACAACAUCAAACUCAAGGCGUCCAAUUCACACAAGGGACCUUAUGACUUCGACGGCUGUGUUAGGCAUGUACAGGAAAUGGGCGGGGGGCACGCGGGCGCCGUGUGGUGCUGCAAGUUCAGUGUGUGCGGCAGACUACUAGCAACGGCCGGACAGGACAAACUACUCAGAGUUUGGGUCACCAGGGACGCGCAUCAUAUGUUCCAGGACAUGCGAACGAAAUACAACGCAGAACAGAAGUCGUCCCCGACGCCGUCGCAGGAGUCGCUGGCGCCGCUGGCCGCCGCCGCCGCCGCCGCCGCCGCCGAGCGCCCGCUGUCGCCCGCCGCGCCCUUCAGCCCGAGGCCCUUCUGUGUCUAUGCUGGACACACGUCAGAUUUACUGGAUGUCUCCUGGUCGAAAAAUUACUUUAUCUUGUCUUCGUCUAUGGAUAAAACUGUGAGAUUGUGGCACAUCUGUCGCGGCGAGUGUCUGUGCUGUUUCCAACACAUAGACUUCGUGACGGCCAUCGUCUUUCAUCCGAGAGACGACCGCUAUUUCCUGUCGGGCAGUCUCGACGGCAAGUUGAGACUCUGGGACAUUCCUGAUAAAAAGGUGGCCGUAUGGAACGAAGUCGACGGCAAAACGAAGCUGAUAACUGCGGCUAACUUCUGUCAGAACGGGAAGUUCGCGGUCGUCGGCACCUACGACGGCCGGUGCAUAUUCUACAUCACGGACCAGCUCAAAUACCACACGCAAAUAGAAGUGAAGUCCACCAGAGGAAAGAACUCCACAGGACGAAAGAUCAGCGGAAUCGAACCUAUGCCAAACGACGACAAGAUCCUCAUAACCUCCAACGACAGCAGAAUAAGACUAUACGACCUUAGAGACUUGAACCUGUCAUGCAAAUAUAAAGGUUAUGUUAACGUUUCGAGCCAAAUCAAGGCGUCAUUUUCGCAUGACGGGAAAUAUAUAGUGAGUGGAUCUGAAAACCAAUGUAUUUAUAUAUGGAAGACAUAUCAUGAUUAUUCUAAAUUCACGUCGGUUAGAAGGGAUAGGAACGACUUUUGGGAAGGCAUUAAGGCUCAUAAUGCGGUGGUGACGUGUGCGGUUUUCGCACCAAACCCCGAUCAUAUGAUAAGGAUGAUCGCGGAGAGAGAGCAGGAGGCAAGAUUGGCGAACAAUGAGGGUGAUAAGGAGGUCGAUGAAGUGAAAAGCGCAGAAGGCGGCAUGGUGUCGUCAUCGCAGACGGGUCACGUGCUGGUGAGCGCGGACUUCAGCGGCUGCAUCAAGGUGUUCGUGCACAAAGCUAAGCCCAAACACAGCUCACUGCCGGCCUCCGCACUCGCAUAGAUUAUUAUAAAUGAUCUUUUAUGGUCUUCAUCCCAUUUUAAUUCGAGUCUGCUAUAUUAAUCACGUUUCUGUUGAGGUUCUGGCUCCGUCUUUAUAGGUGAUAUUUUAAUGUAGAAAGAUUUUCGAUAAACUUCGAUAUAGACAACUAGAUGUUGCCCGGGGCUUCGCUUUCGUGGGCAUUUUGAGAUAAAAUAUAGCCUAUAGCAAUCUUGGAUAAUGUAGCUUUCUAAUGGUGAAAUAUUUUUGGAAAUCGGUUCGAUAGUUUCGGAGAUUACUCGCCUUAAAACAUACAAACUCACAAAUGCUUACCUCUUUAUAAGUAUAGUAUAGAUUUAUCUAGAUAUGAUCUAUAUUGAUGUUCAUUGGAAAUGUUUCUUAGUGUGUUAUUGCUGACACUGGUGUCAUAUUUUGUUCAAGUCGCCUAAGAAAUUUAUGACUAUAGUCUCAAGUAGUCGCGCAUACACGUGUGAACUAAAUAGUCAACCAGUGUGCAGGUUUCCUCACGUUUUCCUUCACCGGAAGCAAGUGAUGGCUUUCUAUGAAAACUAACGAGUCGAUUGGUAUAAAAACCCAUGUGACACGAGUUAGAUUCGACUAUUUACGGGUAUCUUAAUCACAGUCUUUUCGAUAGUCUAUCGAUAUGAAAGGAAGUAGGAAUUCCACCCCAUCACUAGUUGGCGUUCGACCAUAAUUUAUUUUUGAAAUAACUUUUUUCUGUGUUGCAGUAAGUUAUGAAAUUAACUUUCCUUAGCGGGGUUCCCUAAUAGGUUCGACAUCAGAGCCCUCAAGGAAGUAGUAUAUUUGGAAUGUAUUAUAAUUAUAUUCCAAAAAAGAAAUUACGCAACAAAUGGUAGCUGUGAAAGGGCUAUAAAAAUAUAUCGAGUCUCUAAAUUGUUUUUUGUUUUUUACGUUUUUGUGUCUGAUAUAUAAGAAAAUCGGUAAAUUUUUAUUUAUUUAUAAAAUUAUUUUAUUGAAGUAUUAAUUGAUUAAGGCUAGCUCAACAGUCAUUUUUAUAUGUUUUAGCGUUUUUUUGUUUACAGUUCGGUUCAUGAAAUAAAAAUAUAAAAUUGCACGAAAAAAAUUAUUUAUGACAUAUUGUUAUUGCAGAAAUUAGUCAGUAAAAAUUGCCAAAUUCAAUGUAUGUCUUGAGCCGGGUCCACAGCGCGUGUUUUGCCCUAUGUAAAUAUUUAGCAAAAUCUACACAAAAUAUUGUUUCAAUACAGAAUGAUUUCUUAUAUAUUGCCAUUAUUUUAUCUACAUGCUCAGUCGAUGGCACUGAACAACUUCUCGUAUGGAAGCAAUCUUGAUAUCUGAAGAAAAAAAAGUCUACUGAUCCAUACAUUUUCCACAACUUAGGUAUUUAAUUUUGUAUAGAACAGCUGAUUUUUUUUUCGCGAUUUCGGAGUUACUCCCACACUAAAAGUUGUUCAGAAUCAUGGGCUGAGCGUGUAGACAAAAUAUUGUCAAUGUAUAAAAAGUUACCCUGUACACAAAAUUCUCAACAAAAUCAACAACACAACAAAAUCACCCCCGGGCGGGCCGAGGGACAGGGUGCUGUUAUAUCAUCCGCCACUCGCUUUCGCUGGAGACCCGGUUUUACAGUUUAUAUGUAUGUUUAUACUCGCAUUGGUACGUUUACGCCAGCUCUCUUCAUACAAUAUCGACGCUAGCCGUUUAGUUUUAAGUUGUUUAUAUUAUUUUUACAGUAUAGGCUGUUUGUCCCUUCAUUUAACUUUCUUCAAAAUUUGUAAUAAGUUCUUGCCUUAAUAUUAAAGCCAUGUGAUCACAUUAUCUUAAGUGUACAUUGAAUAUUUAGUGUGUAUGAAAUCGGAAUGCCAUUGUCGUUUAUCAAAUAAAAGAAUAUAUAUAUUUUUAACUCGCAUUUAUGUACCAUCAAUAAAUCGUUAUAUUAAUAAAAUAUCGUAUUUCGU